AAUAAUCAAGGUAUUUACCGCACAAUUGGUUGUCAAACCCCCACCACUGGUCAAAAGGCGGCUAUUUUAAUGCAGUUGGCAGUUAUCUUCAAUUUAUAUAACCAUCCAGUAUGAAGGAUUAUUCAUCACAUGCCAACCCCCAUCAUGAUCACUCGGUUAGGGAGGUUAUGAUUUGUCAAUGAGAUGCAUUAGUCGUCGUAUUCUAAACAAUACAUACCACCUUUUGUAGCAUUUUAGGAGCGAAAGCCCCAUUCGCAACUACGCAGACCAUGCCGCUGUACGGCGAGCCUUUUAAUACAGAAUCGAAUAUAAAAGGUGCCCAUGCCUCUAUAGCCAUGUUUACUAGAGUUUGAUCAAGACAACUACCUGUAUAACUACGCGAAGGACAGCAUCCCCUACAACCAUACAGCCAACACCAAAUUCUCUCGUAAGGGAAUUUCUAUUCAAUAUGGCCAUUUCAUAUGAAGUUGCGCAAAAAGUCAUCAACAAGAAACAUCUAUACUGCCGACUUGUCGAUACCGACCAAUUCCAAAAGCUCCAAGAAGAGGUCACCCUACCCGACGCAACGUUCACCUUCUACUCAGAUGGCAAAAUUAUAAAUGAGAAAGGAGUCGAGUUUAACUGGUCGUCAGCUGCAGACUGGGCGAAGUACUUCGAGAACAGAUUUAAGAACUCACAAGUAAUCCACCAUAUCGCACCGCCGCAUCUGGAGCAGAUCAGCCCCGACGAGGUCAAAGCAGUAUUUGGUGUUCAAUAUUCUGCCGGUCCGAAGGAUUCACUCACUGAAGGACACCACAGCGGCGGAGGCUAUUACUACGAACGCUAUGUGCGGAAAGGUGACGACUGGUUUCUCAAGGAGUUGAAGAUGCACAACACGUAUGCUAGAGUAUGAUAAUCUCGGAUAUAUAAUAUGGAAACAUUCUACUGAGCGACAAGCUCUGUAAAAAAAUAAAAAUAAAAAUAAAAAUAAAAAAAGCAUGCCAACUUUCUAGAAUGGUUGAUAAAUGAAAUCAUAAGAUUAACCCUAACCCUAACCCUGAUGUUGUCGGCAUAUCUAAAUGAUCGGCUGUCAGCUGGGGAUAUAGUAGCAGGAAUUAGAUGACAAAGUAAAUAGAAGUUCUUAGUUGCUUUACCAGGUCUAGGUAUAAAGGUAAAGGAAGUGUUGAUAAGACUCAAGAUAUCA